CGCCGUGCAGCCUUCAGCCCUUCUCAGCACCGCAGCAAUUCCCACUCAUUCACACAUUUCUUCAAUAAGCAGUCUCCACAUCCCCGCAAUGUCGGCCGCCAGCACCGAGACCAGCGCCCCGCUGCCAACCGCCGGGAGCCGGGUCUUCUUCCAGCCUGCGAACGGCGUGGGCUGCGUGGGCUCCGGUCCCAUCAACGGGGACGACCCGGUGCAGAAGAAGCAGGGCAAAGUGACGGUCAAGUACGACAGGAAAGAGCUACGGAAAAGACUUGUGCUGGAGGAGUGGAUCAUCGAGCAGCUCAGCGAGUUGUACGACUGUGAGGAGGAAGAGAUGCCAGAGGUAGAGAUAGACAUAGACGACCUGCUGGAGGUCAACAGUGAUGACGAGAGAGCCAGCAAACUGCAGGAAUCACUAACAGACUGCUACAAACCCACAGAGGACUUUGUCCGGGAGUUGCUGGGCAGGAUAAGGGGAAUGAGGAAACUCAGUGCACCAUCUAAGAAGGGCCUAUAAUGCCUGUGAAGUCACUAUCAGUCAACCACUUCGUCAUCUCAGCUCCACCUACUAAACCCACUUGACAUGGACUCUCAUCAUGAAGAAUAACUUAUCUUAACAUGAAAGCAUUAGUAAUUAUUCUGCAAACAUACACCAUGAACUCCAUGCAUUUAGCACUCUUCAUCCAUUUCACAAUCACAUAGAAUAACAAGGUGUAUAAUAAUAUUUGACUGUUGAAAGGUACUUAAGCGAAACGGAGCCAACACGGUUCAAAAGCAUUCAGCCACAAUAAAAAGUCGAGCCCUGGAAAUGUGCCAGACAGAGCUGCAACUGUGCUUUAACACCAACGCCAACUUAUUUCACAUUUUAGAGCCAUGUUACAAGCAAACGCUGUAAUCGCGACAGCCAUACAGACUUCAACACAAAUCUCAAAAAGGGAGGUGGUCAUAACAUGUUUGUACUCUGCAGUAGGUGUGAAACUAGCUGUAGCACUCUGUAAACACAGUGCUUCAUGAUCUUUCUGUUUUUUUUUACCGAGGUAUUUUGCUGUUACUUCUUUUUACAAAAUGUACUGUAUGUUGCCAUUUAUUGUUCAUGUGAUUGAAAUGUGGUCUUCAACGGUUUUUGUGCUACUCUAAAGUCAACCCUCCUCAUCCUCACUCUGCUUUGAAGUAUAUGGGAGUGCUCUAGUUUUAUUUUAAGCACAUUAAUACAUCACGUGUCUUUUUUGUGAUGUGUGAACUCUGAGAAUAGUGGGGCCAUUUUCUCAAACAACACUAAAAUAGAAGAUUUUUUUUUUACCCACUUUUCAGUUACAUUAUUCACCACAGCAAGGCAUGAUGGGUGUUGCAGUUCUCUUCACGAGACUACAAAACCUGUAUGAUUGGCAGCCUUUCACUUAUCAUGUUACGCCUGGUUAUCCAUCACUCUCCGUCGUCAGAUUACAUAUCAGUUGGUCAUUUAGGUUCAAGCACAAAGCUCAGACUUUGCAGUUCCCCCCUUACUCUGGUACUCUAACAACUCGCCUCUCUAACAGUGGUGGAUGUUGCCUUUAAGGACAUUCAGGAUCAGUUCACCUUAACUAUUAACAACCUAACGGCAAAUACACUUCAGGACAACUUGAAACUCUCAACUGUGUCAGGUCCUGUGUGGAGGAGGUGUGCCAAAACUGGGAGUAUUACAUCGUAAACGUCAUGGAGGCGUUAGUGCGACAGCAUUUCCACAGAGAUUGUUUAUUCAUUGUGUAAAAGUGUUAGAAUUUAAAAAAUGUUGAAGACUUUUCUAAGUUGCAUAAACUAUGUUGUAACUGCAUUAUCCCAGGAGGCUAGAGAGGUGGAUUAAGCUAUUUAUUGUUAAUGACCUUCAGUGCACCAACACACUCAAAAACAACCUGUUAGCUCUGGUACAAUCAUGACACUUGUUACUGCGUUGGGUCCAGUUCCAUUUUCUCAGCUCAGUGACUUGAGAGCUGAGAGAAAUAGAGCAGUCCUAAACCUGCCAUGUGAUAUAAACCCUCAGCUGCCAAAGACAAAAGCAGGGCAAUGUUUGAUUUUAACCUAACACUUGCAAAGCACCCGUCUUGCAUGCUAGCAACAGAGAAAAAACACUGUUAAAGACUAUAGAUAUUAUGAAUUAUAAUCAAGCAAAAAAUACUUUUUUGACUUAGCUAACAUGUCUGACUUUGUAGAAUUGUUUUGUGUUGAAACAACGUGGCAGUCACGUUGGAGAGAAUCCAGGAAAAAUUUUAAAAAUGGUGCUGUUUUUGAUGUUCUUCCCAGGUUUUGGUUGUAUGAAAACGUGUUCACUGUUGAGUGAUGCCAGAGAAAUAUGUCUGCUGGAUGUGUACGUCUAUAUAGAUUGGAUGCAUACAGUCUAAAGCGGUUUCCUCUUUGCAUUCCCUUUUCUCAAUUUGAAUCAAGCUGGACGGGUAUCUUCACGUUCAGCUGUCAGAAGAUGAUCAGAUUUAAAAAAAUCGAGAUUAAUGCACUGGAAGGAAAUGUAUAAAAGAGGAGCACUAUAGGCGACUGAUGUAUCCAGGAUUUGUGUUGAGGUAUGCCAUAACAUUUUCUCUGUCAAGGAGCAGUUCAGGGGCAAUAGGAUGAUAUUUUAUAAUUUAUGGGAUUUCAUGUGGAGAGUAUAUUAAAGUGUCCAAACUAGAAAGCUUUACGUUUGCAUGUAUUUUUAAAACAGCAUGUAGAGAUGGGGAACAUUUUUUUGGCCCAACAGUUUUUAUUUCAGGAAAUAAAACACUUUCCUUUUUAUACCUUUAUUAUUAUUAUAAUUAUUGAGACUAAAAUAUUCAGUUUUCCAGCAGAAGAUUUGUUUUUCUGUACAUUCACAAUAAGCGUUCUUGUUUUUAAAAUGUAUUGUGGUGUGUGGUUUGUUUUUGCUGAUAAUAAAAAUGCAGAAGGACUCUGUACUGUUUAAACAGAUGUCUUCCAUGUGUAUUUCUGAAUUAUCUAUGGAAAAAACAUGUGCUGCUUCAUCUUUGCAUUUUAAACUCAAGUUUGGUACUGUCAAGACAGCCUGGCUACAGACCUUUCAUCUCUGAUGACCACUCCCUUAGACCUUUCA